AUCCCGGAGGAAGAAAACCUGGAGGACAGCGAGUUCCUGGCCGAAAUUGUACAGGUGAAUGAACAGAUCGGAGACCCCGAGGCGAAUAUUACCCUCAUGACCAAAGAGUACAAGGAUAAGUACGAAGACCACAUCGAAAAAAUUAAACUCCAUUUUGACAAAGGGGAUUUUGAGCAUAUCUUGAAGGCCCUAAAAAAAUUGAAGUUCAUAAAUAGAAUACUGGACCGUCUUCAAAACGUUUGA